CGGCUGGGACGUAAAGAGACUGUUUGCAAAUCACUCGAUAUACGCAAUAGUCCAGCAAUGCUACGACAAUUGGCCAAUUGUACCGUUAUCGAAGGUUUCCUUCUAAUAACACUAAUCAAUACUCGUACCUAUUUUCCAUUUAACGAAACAUUCCCCCUGCUAACCGAGGUCACGGAUUUUGUUAUUGUCUAUCAGGUUGGCUAUUUGCGUUCGCUCAGCCAAAUCUUUCCCAAUCUCAGCAUUAUACGUGGACGCACCAAUUUUGAGGGCUACGCUUUACUGGUGGUCUCCAAUUCGCAUCUAGAGGAUUUGGGUUUACCGAAAUUGACAAUGAUCGGUUCGGGUGUUCGCAUCGAAAAGAAUAAAAUGUUGUGUUUUGUUCACACCAUCGAUUGGAGUCAAAUUGUGGCAUCGAAUACAACGGAAGUGUAUAUUGGCGUAAAUCGUGAUCCCAUCGAAUGUCCAUCGUGCCCUGGUGAUCUAGAUAAUUCACCAAAUAAUCCGGGUUGCAGGCUACAUCAUGGUCGUCGUAAUUGUUGGAAUAAUAAAGAGUGUCAAAAAAUUUGUCCUCAGAGAUGCCGUCACAAUUGCGUUGAUGAGAACACCUGCUGCAAUGAAAAGUGUCUGGGCGGCUGUUCGCCCGAUAAUGUUAACGAAUGUGUGGUGUGCCGCAGAUAUUCCUAUAAUAAAACCACCUGUGUUGAUUCAUGUCCUGAGGGACUAUUAUAUUUUCUGGAUCGUCGGUGUUUAACCACUGAAGAAUGUAUUGGAAUUAGUUCAAUAUUUGAAGAUAAUAAGGCCACACCGUUAAUACCAUUCCAAGGGAAUUGUACUGUCAGAUGUCCCGAAAAAUAUAUGAAUGAAAAUAAGACAUGUGUCCCAUGCAUUGGAGAGUGUACCAAAAAAUGUGAAGGAAUCGUUAUCGAUGGAGCAAGUCGCGCCAAGGAAUAUAAUGGCUGCAAUAAAAUCGAAGGAAAUUUAAUCAUCAAUGUCAAGAGAGCGAGUCAAAUUAAUGCCGAAUUGGUUUAUGGUCUGUCAUCUAUUACCACAAUUACGGGGUAUUUGAAAAUUCAGGGUACUGUUGGCUUGUUAAAUUUGAAAUUUUUACCAAAUUUAAAAACCAUCAAAGGAGAAGAACUCGUUGACGACAAAUAUGCAUUAUAUGUUUUGGAUAACACCGAUUUGGAGUAUUUAUGGGAUCAAUCACAAAAUGUCAGCAUCGAAAAUGGCAAAGUGUAUUUCCAUUUCAAUCCCAAGCUUUGUGUGUCCACAAUUAAGGAUUUACUAUUGCCGAUAUUGCAUCAAAAGGAUUUCGAUGUAACUGAGGUGGCCUUGGAUUCCAAUGGUCUUAGAGGUUCAUGUAACAGCACCACCUUGGAGGUAGAGGCUUUCAAUGUCAAAUCUCUCAUUGCCUUUGCGCGCAUAAAAAAUCCCCUCAAAUACGACGAUGAACGUACCUUUAUUGGUUAUCAAUUCUAUCAUAUGGAAGAUCCCUAUGGCAAUGCCACAAAAUAUGCCUAUAAACCAUGUGAUGAUGAUUGGAUUGUGGGUGAACCUACCAAGGAUCCCGUCUACAUUUUCAGUAAACUCAAACCGUACACCCAGUACGCCUUCUAUGUCAAAACGAUGACAAUUUCCACGGAGCGUCGCAGCGGUCAAAGUGAUAUUAAACAUUUCACCACACUAUCGUCGCGGCCAUCGAGAGUGCGCAAUUUGAAAUUGUAUGCCAAUUCGAGUUCUGAUAUUGUCAUUAGAUGGUCACCACCGGCUACAGCCAAUGGCAAAUUGGUUGAAUAUAAAAUACGUGCCAUCUAUGAAACGCCGGUAACACAAUUGGAAUCGCGUAAUUAUUGCAAAGAUCCCCUCAAGGUUGCCAACACUGAAGAUAUCAUUCCAAAGACUACAAUAACAGAGAAGCCACUACAUAUAUCGGACGAUUGUAAAUGUCCCAAAGGUGGCCAGAAGGGGCCAAUAAUUACCGAUGAAACAGAAAUACAUGCCGAUAUCGAAUUGGAAAAUGCCUUACAGAAUUUCAUUUAUGUUAAAAAACAAACUAACAAUACCACAAACAAUAAUAGCACGGGCACAAACAGUAAUAGCAAGGGCACCAAGAAUAAUAUCAUGGACACCAAGAAUAAUAUCAUGGACACCACUGAAAUGGAUCUAUUAAAUCGAAGUCGUCGUGAUGUUAUUGAAACCUUGGAAGCGGAUGAUAGUUUUAUAUUACGUCACAUACGUGAAGCACCCAUUAAAACAACCAGCAGCAAUGAUACCCAAGUCGCGGCAAAUAAACCACGUAUGGAUCCAACCGGAUCAUAUUAUGAAUAUUUUACAACUUCUGUGAAUGCGACCACUUUCGAAUAUACCCUGACCAAAUUGAAACAUUUCACCUACUAUAAAGUGGAAAUCGAGGCAUGUCGUGAAAGUGAAAUAAAUAAUGAUUCGGAAAAUUGUAGUGUCAUUGUGAAUGAAAGUAAACGAACACUUAAAUUGGCCGAUGUUGAUCGUGUGGAGAGCUUAUGGUGCAGUACAGAAUCCACAAAUUCGUCACGCACAAACGUAAGGCUAUUUUGGAAACAACCAAAGAGACCAAACGGUGCUGUAGUAUCCUAUAUCAUCUACUAUGUACUUAAGACGCGCGAUGAAUACGAAGAAAAGAAAUGUGUUACCGAGGGGGAUUUCAUCAAAUAUGAUUAUGAACAUAAUGGCUAUGUGCUGAGUGAUUUGCAUAGCGGCAAUUAUAGUAUUCGCAUUAAAACGAACACCUUGGCGGGUGAAGGUUUGGAUUCCGAAACGAUAUAUGUUUUCAUACCGGACAAGACCUUGGAUCCAAGCAUUAUAGCUGGCAUAGUAGUGGGAUGUUUUGCCCUUAUUGGUCUAAUCACCGUAAUUGUAUAUCUAAUAUUACGCAAACGUAUUCUACCGCCAACCGACCUGAAACCGUUCCCCCCCUCUAUGAAUCCACAUUAUAUAAGUGUAGAAUAUAUACCCGAUGAGUGGGAAGUGGCCAGAGAAACUGUCAUACAAUUAAAUGCUUUGGGCCAGGGUUCGUUCGGUAUGGUCUAUGAGGGUAUACUGAAGAGUAGCAAAGGUGACACUCCAUGUGCCAUUAAGACGGUCAACGAUAAUGCCACCGAUCGUGAGCGAAUUAAUUUCCUAAAGGAGGCCGGUGUUAUGAAAAAAUUUGAUACAUAUCAUGUGGUGCGUCUUCUCGGUGUAUGUUCGAGUGGUCAACCGGCUCUGGUCAUAAUGGAGCUAAUGAAAAAUGGUGAUUUGAAAACAUAUUUACGUGCUCAUCGUCCGGACGAUAGAGAUGAAGUGGCUGCGAGAAAUCUAAGACAUCGCGGUGCCAUGUCGUCACAGCCACCACCGCUAAGUCGUAUCUAUCAAAUGGCCAUUGAAAUUGCUGACGGAAUGGCAUAUUUGGCGGCCAUGAAAUUUGUACAUCGAGAUUUGGCGGCCAGAAAUUGUAUGGUUGCCGCUGAUUUAACAGUGAAAAUUGGUGAUUUUGGUAUGACUCGAGAUAUUUAUGAAAAUGAUUAUUAUCGCAAGGGUUCAAAGGGUUUGCUUCCUGUACGCUGGAUGUCACCAGAAAGUUUAAAGGAUGGCGUUUAUUCAAGUGCCAGUGAUGUUUUCAGUUAUGGUGUGGUAUUAUGGGAAAUGGCCACAUUAGCUUCCCAGCCAUAUCAGGGCUUUUCAAACGAUCAAGUCUUACGUUAUGUUAUCGAUGGUGGAGUAAUGGAAAGGCCAGAAAAUUGCCCCGACAAAUUGUAUAUGUUAAUGCAAAAAUGUUGGCAGCAUCGAGCGACAGCACGUCCAACAUUUAUUGAGAUCAUACGCUACCUUUAUGAUCUUGCGGAUCCGCAUUUUCGUGAGGUAUCAUUCUAUAACUCACCCGAGGGGCAAACCAUAUUGGAGAAAGAAUUGGCUGAACGCAAUCAAAGAUCUGGUGAUGUUUUCGAUGAUCUCGACAAUGAUAUGGAAGAUGUAACAACACCAUUACGUCUCGAAGAAUACCGAUUAAAUACCGAUAAUAAUUCUUCAAUAGACCAUCGAGGCGACUCUUCAAUGGUCAUCGACGAUGAUGCAGCCCAUUCACCAUACAGCAUUGAAUCGCCAAUGGUAAUCAGCAGUACACCAGAUGAACAAUCACGCAGUAGUUACAAUGUACCGGGUAAUUUAUAUCCAAAUCGUCAUUUACUCAAUUCGGCACCAUCUACAUCGGCCGGCAUACGAAAACUGGGAUCUAGUUCGACUAGUCACAGUCAGUUGACACACCCGCACACACAUCCACAUCAUCGUAAUCUCUAUCAACCGACAAAGUUCUUGCAACAACAACAGUCGAGAGUACAUCGUGACUCGGAGGAUGGCGAUGCCUAUGUUCAACCAGAUUUUGAUCCGCUCAAUGAGGAGAAACGAGAUUCCGAUGAACAGGGUUAUGAGAUGUACGAUCCCAGUCCAAAUUAUAGUGAACAUGUACCGCAUGGUGGUAGUGGUGCGGCGGGUGAUGUGGAUGAUGAUGAAGAUGAUUUUGGUAAUCAAUCGACGGCGGGACAAAAUCUCUUGCAACGUCCCAGAGGCGGGAAACAAAAGCAACCGACCAUUAUGCCAUUGUCCACAUCAAUGCCAGACGAUGUUAUUGCCCAACAGCAGGUACCAUCAUCGUUACACCCCUCAACUGCAUCGGCAGCUUCCUCGAAUGCAUCAUCGAAAGCCACAACGACCGGUGGCGGUAAGUACCCCAGCCUCAGAGCUGUGGCUGAUUCGGCACGCAAUCGUGUAAUGAACAUGAACAAACAUAUCUUUCACAAACGUUCCGGUAGUAAUGCCAGCCACAAAAGUACAAAUUCCAAUCCGACAACGGGAGGGGCGGGCGGUAGUAUUAGUAAUUUGGCACGUACAGGUCGUGGCAAGAGUAUGAGCGGCCAAAAUCUGGGCACCAUUGAAAGUGGUGGUAGUGGCAGCACGGGUAGCUAUACUGGACAUCCGCGUUUCUUUUCCACCUCCUCGGGUACCAGUGAUAAUACCAAUUAUCGACGUUUGGAUGACGAUGAUACAAGUCGUAUACGACCACGCCUACACUCGGCCUCGGCAUUUAUGAUGGGAUCAUCACAACCGACCUAUAAAAUGUUGGAUGAAUCCCUUAACACCUCGGGCACAACAUCAACCCUAAAUACCACCCUGGGUGGUGGAGAUACUACCAAUUAUGAAAUAAUGCAACCUGGUGGUAGUGCUACACCACUAAUAGAGAAUGAGACUGGAUCCACGUAUGUUAUGAUGAAUGAACCUUCGUCGCAAAAGAAAAUAGCUGAUGCAGGUGGUGGCGGAGGAAUGGGUGGUGGCAUUAUGGACAUUGGCGAUGUGGCAAACUAUCAAAUAAUGUCACCGCUAAUGCCAGGGAACUCUAGUAGCAACCCAGUAUUACCAAGAUCAGGAUCAACGGCAGGCCAGCUAACACGACCUGUACUUGGCGAUCGCCUUAAUACCUUUGCCAAUAUGGCGACAACAGCAGCAUCUUCAUUAAAUUAUGACAGGCAUCAUAAUGAUGAGAGUAGUUUCAUCAAUAAUGAUUAUGAUGCAAAUCCUCCCAGAACAAGAACAGCAUCAAACGACAUACCCAUGGAUGAUUUAUCAUUAGUGAGACGUAACAGUAGUAGUAAUAGUAAUAAUAGUAAUAGUAAUGACAGGACAACGAAAACCGAUCGAAGUCGUAGCCAAAGUAGUAGUAGUGGCAAAAGUGCAACAAACACUGCCUCCCUAUCGGUAACGCCUACACCAACAUCACAACAACAACCGCCACUAACAAAGCCGUUAAUUGAUACAUCGGCGACAGCAACAAACGCCGCACCAUUGUCCUCGAAAUUUUCACGUAAAGAACAAUGGUUUAAAGAACAACAGCAACCAACGACCACAACACCAACUUCACAGCUACCCCCACAACCACCACCAAAUGGUUUUGUGGGCCGUGAAUCGUAA